AUGAGCUCGCUUGUAUUUGUUAAGGGAUUCCUCUUUUGCCAUGUCUUCAUGCCCGCAGUUUUUAGCUUUUCGAAAUCCGCCAUUGGGAGUAUUGAUCAUGGAUUUGGAAAACAUGACGGAGGGACCCUUUUUAUUGAACAUGUUCACUAUGUUUUGGAUGUAGAACCCGAAAUAUCUGUUUCAACGUACGAUAAGAUAAUGUGUGCGUUUAAAUGUCUGCAUCAAAGCUUUUGCCUUUCGUUCAACUAUGAUGCUCGCUCGCCGGGAAACAACAGCUGUGAGUUACUCAGUAAAAACAAGUACACACUUUCUGAAAGAUUUCAACCAAGUCAGUUUUUUAAUCAUUACAGCUUGAUGGUAAGGAUAAACGGUAGUUAGAUUAAAGUAAGAUGUGAAGGAAAGCAUUUUAUGAACUAGAUUCGAAUUGGCUUUUACAUGAAAUAUUUCAGCUUCAUAGUACCAUCUGUAAGACCAAAACAUUGAUAGAACAGGCUAAAAAAAUAGUUCUCAUUUCAGUUCACUCCAAAAUAUCAAAGAUAUAAACAUUUUUCAAAGACGAGUCGUUUGCAAAUGGUUUCAUUUAUUUACUUUUGUUGCAUGACCUGUUAUAGUACUCUUUCAUAUCCUUCCAGUAGCAGUCUGUCAUUCACCUUCUCUGAGUGCUACCUUAAUUGUUUCAGAGCCCAUGUGAAAACGGUCCAUGUAAAAAAGGAGCAAAGUGCAACCCACUAUACGGAUCUAACGGUUACUAUUGCGAACGAAGUCCAGGGAGUAUUGAGCAAGGUAAAAUUAAAGUUUGUGUCUGGUACUGUUAUUUUCAUUUUUGCCGAGGCUGCAUAUUAUUGCGAGAUUCAUUAGUCUCGCAAGUGUAGGUCAGCGCCUCCAAGUCGAAAUGAUUUAAAACCCCCCGGCUAUGGAGCUAAAAUCGGGAUAUGCCUCUUAAGAGAAACAUUAGUUUGCACUUAAUUCUCACGGUUCCUAUUUAGUAUGAAGACUUGAAAUAUGUGUACGAUAAAGAAAACUUACAAACACUUUCAAAUUUUGCUUUAAGUUAAAUCUUUCGUUCGUAAGCAUUUGCUAUCUUACUCCAUUACGGACGAAAAUGGAUUGGAACUCUCAAAAUUUAAAUACAAUACCAUAACAGAAGUGGUCGUCUCAAUUAGAAUUUUUGCCCAUGAAAGCUCAUGAUUUUGCAGAUUUUAUGUUUAAAAAUUUGAAAAUACAAUGGAAAGACUGACUCGUCGGCGGUACUGCUAGCUGGCUUGUGGGCAGUUUAAUUUAGAAAGCUGAGAUUUCCAUCCAAACUCAGAACUUGCAAAAAGCCAAUAACUUAACAGGUUACUCAGAUCCACAGCUUUUUUUAAUUGGUUUCCGAAUUUCCAUGGGGUCAGCGAACGAAACUGAGGCUGAGUUGAAGUUCGCCCAUUCCUAAGAUUGGCCCCAGUCUCCGUUGCAUUCAAGGAUUCCUAAAAUUGAGCGACUUUCCAUAAGAAACAGUCUUUCUUACGACUUUUCCAAAGUGAAAGUACUCUAUGGUUCUUCCAUCAUUCCUUUCAGGGUCCCCAUGGAUUAAACUUAACAAAAAUGUGGUCUGCUUUGGCGCCAAAAAUGACGCAUUCGGGAACUUCACUGUGACGUCUCACGGAACUAUUCUAACAAUGAGGCUGGUCUACAUUUCGGGGUUUGUGACGUGUAAUAACAGAACCGUCCCUUAUGGAAGUCAUUGGGCGUGCAAAAAGGGAUCACGUAUUGCAACAAUUGUCACCAGUGCAGCCAAGAAUGUUAUAUUCCCAGAAGAUUACAAAAACAAAUCUUACUCAUUAGUUGGUUACCAUGCCAACUCGUCAGAGCUGGUAUUUCCACCCCGGUCUAAACCCCUGAAGGUAACUAAUGGCGAGGAAUACCAAAUAUGGUAUAACGAGGAUUUCGUUAAUGGAGAAGAAUUUAACAACGGCGGACAAACCUGCGUGAAUGUUUACGCCCUGUAUGAGUCAUAACAGGCCAACUGCUUACUUCCUCUCACUGGAUUAGAAAAUAGCGGAAUUAAUAAAGUUGUCGUCUGUGUGAUGGAAGUUCUGAAUAUAACCGUUGUCGGUCGAAGCGACUGACUUCAUGGUCUGAUGAUGAAUUCCAACCAGGUUUUCAAAGCGUAAAUUGUUGUCAUUUGUACGAUUAUGGUUAUGAUCGACCGUUUACUGUUACCGCUCACUUUAAAAUAAGUAAUAUUAUUUCAAAAUCAUUGAUUGUUUGAAAUUUUCGCGUUUCUAAAAUGACCCUUCCACGUUGCGCUACAUGCAGUAUUACAUUAGUGUUUUGAGGUUUUCUCGUGUAUAGAUUCACAUGGAGGUACUUUUAAUUAUUAUAUCUGUGAAACUUUUUAAUGGUAAUUUACUAUAAUUAUUUUCUUUUUUGUGCAAAUCACACAAUGGUAU